CGAAGUCAUGUUGGACAUUUAACUAGACAGACUUGAACCUGCUCGUUCUUAAUCAUCGAGUUGCACUUAAAUAUUGUAAUACGCACUCAAGUGUUUUUCAGUAGAGAUAGCAUAGUUGUAGAGUGUUUGAUUGACAAAAUUGUAGUUUAGUUGCAAAAUGGAUUCAGUUCACAACAAUAUUGAAGAUGGAGAUCCUCCAGGUCGUGAGUUGGCACCACAAUCGACCAUUUCUCCACAAGAGGAAGCGGGUGCCAUUAGACCGGUUGAAGUACCGCCAGAAGUAGUACCAGCAGUAGUGCUGGAAGAUCCUUGCAGCACUAACGACUUGAGCAGAUCAAUCUCCGGCAAGCGAUCAACUCAAAGGGUAAAACCGAACAUUGCUUCCGCCCUCAACCAACAUCCAGCAGAGACAGAACCGCCGAAGCAGCCGCGGCCGAAAAAGUCCAAGGAGCUGUUCAGCGCAUGUGGGACGCAGUGGAUCCGACGCGAAUAUCCGACGGCGACGACGCGUAGGAAGAUCGAUCUCCUGGGCCUGUCGGCUCGCUUCCGGUACGUCACCAUAAACGUCAAGCUGCACGACGAAGGAUGCAUCAUGGCGACGGACGGCAACUUUGUGGCGCAGGUCCGGGUUGAUGAUCCGGAGCUGCUGGAUGGCAUUGGGAGCUUUGAGGAUGCCAAGGAGGUGCUUUUGGAGCAAAUGAGGAUCGUCAAAGUUAUGAGGGAUGACCUGCGGGAGAAUCGGGAUGGGAUGCGGGCAAAGCUGAUUCCUGUGAUAGGGGAAGCUUUGAAGGAAUCAGCCUUCGAGUGGGAGCACGCAAGAAACUGUGUGAAGCUGAUGAAGCUGAGGAAAGAUUUGAUGGAAAGUGAUCGCUUGUGCUAUCGCAGGCUGUGUAGAGAAAUAAGUUAG